AUGCGCACACCACUCGUUUGUUUGAUUAUUCUUACAUACACUACAGUUGUGAUUGCUGAGACGCAAAAUAUAGGUUGGAAUUCCUUCACGUUUGGCUUAAUCUGGCCUCCAACAUAUUGUUAUUCGUAUAUUCGCCCAAUACCUGAUGGAGUGACUUCAUUCACAAUUCAUGGAUUGUGGCCUCAAAUUUAUCCAGAUAUAACUCCGAAUUGCACGCCGACAGUAAAGUUCAAUUUGACACUUUUAGAUCCAUUGAGACCAGAAUUAGAUCAUAAAUGGCCGUGUUUAAGAGACUGUUCGGCAGCAGAAGUAUUUUGGGAAAACGAAUUCAAGAAACAUGGCCAUUGUGCAGUUCAAGAUCCUCAAAUUCGGAGCGUCUUCGGUUACUUCAAAGCUGCUGUUGAAGUUUAUAACAAAACGGAUCUUUUGAACACACUUGAACGAAAUAAUAUCGUCCCCAGCAACCGAACACUAUAUAAUCGAACAUACUUUCAAAACGUACUGAAGAAAGAAUAUGGUUUUCCAGGUUGGUUAUUAUGCAGGCAAGGACGCGGAAAAGGUGUCACAUACUACAAUUUUGAGGAAGUACGCUUUUGUAUGAACAGAUCAUUUGCACAUAUCAACUGCACUUUAUUUGGACCCUGUCCAGAAAAAUUCUAUCUUCCACCGUUUUUCAAUUCAUCCGAACUAAUAAAUGUGACAAGGAGACGAAGAUGGGGGUCAACCAAAAGACGACCUACUAGGCGCAGGAGACCUUGAUAAGGUGAAUUAUUUGUAAUAGAUAGGAUACAUUUUCAAUUCUCGAUUCAAAAUGUCAAUAAAUAAGAGUGUCAAAUGGUCUUUUAUAUUACGUGCAGAGGGGAAUGGAAUGGAC